AUGGCUUUGAAGCUGGGCGCCUGGAGCGACCUCUUCUCGCCUGCGAGGGACCUGAAUUCCGCACUGCCUGCGGUGAUCCGAGCCCUGGAAUCCGAACAUGCUUCUGGAGGUUCGGCUGCUAGCUUCACUGCUUUGGCGAAUGCCAUGGCCUCCGCACUUUCGCCCACCCAGUCCAAGCCCUCACGGCCACUGCUGGCAGAGUCAGCCCUUCUUGCGGCACUGGAGAUGCAGUUUCCACGAGAGGUGGAGGCUCCUUUGGUGAGCGAUUUGGUCGUGAGGAGUCUCAGCAGUUGCGUAAGCUCCAGAUGGCCGCUGGUUGCAGGAUUGGCAGUGAGGUGCCUUUGUGCAUUGGCUGUGGCCAGCAUUGCUCACCAGGGGACCAAGGAGGACCGGGCGGAAAAGCAAGCCUGGACUCGCCGGGUCAUACCGCAGCUGCGCGUGGUGCUCGAGGCACAUCCGAAGUCCUUUCAGGUCCAACAGCUCGUGGCCGAAGGCUGCUGUCUUCUCCUGCGUCAUGGCCAUGGGAAUCUAGGUGGACUUUCGGCCCUUUGGCCUUUGCUUUGGCCUUUGGUGGUGCAUCCCCGGCAGCAAGUGGCCACGGCUGCCUCCCUGGCGCUCUGCCGCUUGACCUGGUUCCUCCGUGCUGGAGGAGACUCCCAGGGUGAGGCGCAGGUUCCGACUGCGGAAAGAGCGAUGCAGACGGCUUGCGCAGAGAUUUCCAGCAUCUUUACGAACUCGGUGGCUCCGCGCCUCAGCGAUCCCGCCAUCCACAGCGCGAGUUUGCAGUGCGUCCGCCUUUUGGAGCUCCUCCGGGCAUUGGUUUUGUACAGCCGGAGCAGAGCUUCCGAGGCUUCCGGUCGCCGAGAACGUCGGGAGGCGGAUGAGGCAUUGAUCGUCUUGCCCCAAGCGAAGAUUCUGGGAGUGGUGGAGCUCCUCCUGACCUCCCUGACCCGGGAGACGUCGGUGGCUUCCCAGGUGCUCUCUGCCAGCUCCCCUACGGGACAGCUUGUCACCAAGGCGCUUGACUUGCUUACCGCCCUCCUGGACGUUUGCGGCACGGCUGCCUUAGUCUUCUCUGCUCAGCUUCGGCGCUUUCUGGAGCUGUUGUCGGACUGGUCACCGAAGAACCACGUCGGUCACAGCAAGGUGGUUCUCAGCUUCUUGCUGAGCCUUGAGAGGACCGCCCCGGCCAUUCUCCUUCGAAAGCCGCUGCUGCACCGGCUAUGCCUCUAUGCGAUGGAGGCUAUGCAACAUGAGAUUGGCCUGACAAGUCGAGCUGCGAGCCAAAGUGCCCGCACAUCGCGCAAGAGGAAGGCCGAAGUGCUCGAAGACGCUGCAGACUUCUGCCAGCCUCUGUUUCCGGUGGCAUGUCAGGCGCUAGCACGCCUUGUGCAGAGGGGCGCAGCACUGCUGGAGCACCAGUUGGUGGCGAGCAUCUGUGAGCAAGUUGUGCACGCUGUUUGGCACGGAGCUUUGCGAGCGCCUUCCACCGUCACCGGCAAAGAGCUGGACAAGUGCCUGGUGUUCAAGCAGAUCUGUCGGUCACCGGAGUCAGUGCUUGGCCUACUUGAGGUGAUCGAGGUGCUGGUCGAACCCAAGCAGUUGGGUUCAAAGCCCUUGGCGCCAAGCUUGCUGAACGCCUUCGCGGCCAUCCUUUCCACCCUGCAGGGGGCCUUUGAGAGACAUGCUCUGCAAAAGCCUAGCGAUGAUACCAUCACUGCUGGCGUUCGCACAAAGCUCGUUCAGCUCGCCGAUACCAUCCGCCUCGAUCAGUUUCCUCGGCCUACGGAGAGCAAAGGGAUCUCCAUCUCGUGGCCGGAUACGUCGGCGCCGGAGAGUCCACAGCCUGCUCCAACUGCCGAACCUAUGGGAGCCACGCCCCGAAAUCACAGGGAAGCGACGCAGGAGGCGAAGCCCAGCAUCACAACUCCAGAGAAGCCGCCAGCGAAGGCCCCGGACACGGAAGAGCCCAUGGAAGUGGACGCAGUGGAAGCUUCCGUGGACGCACCGGCGGCGACCGCAACACCCGAAGUUGUCCGGCCCACCAAGGAUGUCCAAGAAAAGGAGAUCUCGGUAGACUCCUCGGCAGACACUUUCCAGGACACCUUAGAGGAAGAAGCAGGACCGGAGGUUUCUGAGGAGAAGAGUGAAGACCCCGUGGCUGCAGCAGUCCUCCCGCUGGGCGCGGCAGAGCAAGAGGAGGCAGAGGCGGCGCCUCAGAGUGGCGUGCAGGAAGAGGUCUUCUCGACGCCAAUGAAUGCUGUGCACAGGGAAGAUUUCCAGACGCCACUGAACGCUGCCGCGGUGCAGGAGGCGAGCUUUCCCGACACUGCCCCGACACUUCCUGCGGAAGCACCCGCUGCUUCCUCUGGCGACGGAGAUGCCAAGGUUGGUGACGACGGGAAGUUGGACCUUUUCCCGGCUGAAGGACAUGAUUCGCCAUCGCCGGACUUGUGUAUGGACUCCCCCAGUGAUGAGAACUGA